CUUCGCUUCUUCGGAAAUAAAAAAAAAUCUACUUGUAGUGCGUGUGCGUGGUCGUCGUUACUUGGCGCGCAUCCAUCCAGCUUCCAGCCGUCCUGGAGACCUGGAGUAGCCGCGCCAUAGCCCGGCCGGCCGGUAUCACUUGUCUCAUGCAGCACAAUUCGCCGUACGGGCCGGGGAUCCAUGGCAAGGGAGAUCAGGACGACGACGUGAAUUGAAGGGCGAUGAUGGCCUCGCCGCACAUGAUGUUGUUGUUAUUCAUCACAUCAGCUCUACUAGCAGCAGCCGUGCGGCCAGCAACGAGCUGGUCGCCGCCGCCGCCGUCCGGCACCUCGCCGGAGCCCGUACUGACAUUCUGCUCUGGGCAGCCUCCUGACUCCAACUCCUCCUCCUCCUCCCCGGCUGUCGACGCCGUGUUCCGCGAGGACGAGUACACGGCGACCGUCGUGUUCAACGCGACCCGCCACGCGCCGCUGCCGUACCGGCGCGGCAAGGCGGCGGUGAGGCGCCUCCUCGCCGCCGCCGCGAGCGGCACGACGAGCAGCCACAUGUGCCUCGGCGCCGGCGCGAGCAGGGCCGCCGCUGACGCCGGCACCGGCCUGAUGAUGUACGGGCUGACGCGGUGCGCCGCCGGGACGCCGUGCGACCACUGCCGCCGCUGCCUUCGCGGCGCGAUCGCGGCGGUCGAGAUGGGGUACAACGGCAGCGCCGGGAUGCAGGUCCUGCGGCUCAGAUGCAUGGCCAAGUACGAGAGCUACCCCUUCUACAACGCCACAACCGUGAGGAGGCGCGCGGCUGAGCAGUGCCGAAUUCCAUUCGCGUGUUCUUCUUCCUCCGUCGGCCCAAUCACGGGCGGAUCUGGGGGGACUCCAGCACCCCCUAACCCUAUGAAGCCCAUGGAGCCCACCCCGGCGCCCCCUGGCGGUGAUACCCCACCGCGUUUGCCUGCGCCGCCCCCUGCCGGUCAUACCCCACCACCACGUUUGCAGGCUCCGCCGGCUGCAGUACAUCCUCCUCUUGCGCCCCCCGCCGGUCAUUCUCCACGGCCUCCGCCAGCCGCACCGCCCGUUGAAACACAGCUCAUGCAACAAAGCCACGGGAAGAAGAUGCAGAAGACACUCAUAAUGCUGAUCCUUUCUAGUGCAACCGGAAUAGUGGUUAUCACCGUCAUUCUUGUACACAUCUGGUAUCUUCGUCGAAAGCAGUCGAUUAAGAUGCGACAUGUCGUAGAAGCUGGCAUUCCAGGUGAGAACAUGUAUGACCAAGAAGACGAGCAAUGGAGCAUGGAAGAGGAAGAGGACAAGGAUGGAGAGAGAAUGAGCUGCCAACUCUACAGCUACCAAGUUCUUGAGGCUGCAACAUGUCACUUCUCAAAUAGAAGCAAGAUAGGGAGUGGUGGAUUUGGAACAGUGUACAAGGGCAUACUUGAGAACGGAAGAGAAGUGGCGGUGAAAAGACUCAGGGAUUCCAAGCGGAACCUGCAAGAACUUGAGAGGGAGAUCUCCAUCGUGGCCACUUUGUGCCAUAAGAACCUCGUUAGGUUUUUAGGGUACUGCUUCCAAGACGAAGGGAAGUUUCUCGUGUAUGAGUAUGUACCCAAUAAUAGCCUCGACAAAUUCUGGUACAAAGCAUGUUCCCAGUCACAGAAGCUAGAAUGGGCUACAUGGUUCAACAUCAUCUUAGGGGUCGCCCGUGGCCUCCAGUUUCUCCAUGACAAGGGGAUCAUCCACAGAGAUCUCAAGCCACACAAUGUGCUUCUCGAUGAAAACUUCACCCCCAAGAUCGCCGACUUCGAUCUCAUGAGGACGUACGAUAAACAGAAGACCCACGGGAGCACGGAGAAGGUCGCCGGAACAUUCGGUUACAUAGCGCCGGAAUGCACGUCCGGUCGGAAGUUCCUGCUGUCGAUCAAGUCCGACGUGUACAGCUACGGCGUCCUGGUGCUGGAGGUCAUCACCGGCCACAAGAUCUACACGUUCGAAGGCCAAAAAUCCGAAGGCCUCGUCGAAUACGUGUGGCAGCACUGGGAAGAGAAGAGAGCAGGAGACAUCGUGGACGGCGACCUGCUGGGCGUCGCGGGCCAGGAGCUCGCGGCGCGGCAGGCACAGAGGUGCGUGCACGUCGCGCUGCUCUGCGUGCAGUCAGAUCGGUCAAGGAGGCCGACCAUGGGGCAGGUCAUCGCCAUGCUGACAAGUGACGACGGCGGGAUGGAGCUGCCGGAGCCGUCUCUGCCCGGGUACCUUGUCGUCGUCCACCCAAGGGCUCUGGUACGGCUGCCAUGUCUCGGGUGUAGGUAGCUAGGGAGGAAAAUGAAAAUGGUAAUUUCGAAGUAUCAGAAAUCGUUUUCGAGAUUUUAUCAAUUUUUGUGGCUAAACGGAAACAGUAGCGGUUACCGCGAAAACGGAAACGAAAUCGGUAAAGCAAUCCGAAAAUGAAAAUGUUUUGCACUCACUGUGGUGAAUCUGAUCUUCGGUAAAACAAAUCCUCGUGUCCAUUCUUGAUUUGUCACUUAUUGUUCUGUAGCA